GAGACAAAGAUUCAACCAACCAAAGAGAGAAAAUGGAAUGGAAGAAUCAGAAGAAGAAGAGGAGGAAGAAAGAGAAUCAUCAACAAAAAUACUCAGAGCAUUAGUAGAGUGGUUAGAGAGCAGUUGAAGAAAGGUACCAUUUCCAAUGCCUCCUUCCCAACCCAUUUCCCAUAAGAAACCUCCUCCUUCACCUUCCAUUUCCAAUCCCCAAAUCCUUCUCUUCCACAAUAAUGAAGGAAUCCAAGCCAUGGCGCCCUUUCGCCGCCAAUUGCUGCUCCGCCGACGACCAGACCGCCUUCGGCAACUUCAGCCGCUGCCGCCCCAACCGCUCUGAUUUCUCCAAGAACAUCGCUCCUUUGCCGUCGUUCCGGCGGCUCUCCUUUUCCGAUCUCAGCCGGUCCUCUUCGAUUCGAUUGAACGAGGAUCUAGCGGCGUCGUUUGGGGCUGAUUUGUUUGACUUUCAGUUGAGUGAGUUACGUGCCAUUACUCAGAAUUUCUCCAGUAAUUUCUUGUUGGGAGAAGGGGGAUUCGGCCGAGUUCAUAAGGGCUAUGUCGAUGAGAACUUUCGGACUGGGCUUAGGGCUCAGGCCGUCGCUGUGAAGCUUCUCGAUAACCAAGGCUUGCAGGGCCACCGAGAAUGGCUUGCUGAAGUAGUGUUUCUUGGGCAGCUGAGGCAUCCAAAUCUGGUAAAAUUGAUAGGCUAUUGCUGUGAGGAAGAAGAGAGGCUUCUUGUUUAUGAGUUCUUGCCCAGAGGCAGCUUGGAAAACCACUUAUUCAAAAGGCUUUCUAUCUCGUUGCCAUGGACGACGAGGCUCAAAAUCGCCGUCGGAGCAGCGAAGGGCCUCGACUUCCUUCAUGGGGCAGAGAAGCCUGUCAUUUACAGAGACUUCAAAACUUCUAAUGUCCUGUUAGACUCGGAUUUUACAGCAAAGUUGUCGGAUUUCGGACUGGCAAAGAUGGGGCCUGAGGGAUCAGACACCCAUGUUACUACCAGAGUGAUGGGUACAUAUGGCUAUGCAGCCCCUGAAUACAUCUCCACAGGGCACUUGACAACUAAAAGCGACGUGUACAGUUUCGGAGUGGUACUUUUGGAACUUCUUACAGGAAGAAGAGCAAUGGACAAAUCAAGAGCAAAGAAUGACCAAAACCUUGUGGAUUGGGCAAAGCCAUAUCUCAGUAGCUCUCGCAGGUUGCACUUCAUAAUGGACCCAAGGCUUUGUGGGCAGUAUUCUGUGAAAGGGGCAAAGGGAAUGGCCAGUCUAGCCCUCCAAUCCACAAGCUUGAACCCUAAAGACAGGCCUAGAAUGCCAGCCAUUGUUGAAGCUCUUGAAGGCCUUCUUCAGUUCAAGGACAUGGCUGUUACAUCCGGCCACUGGUCUGCCUCUGCAUCACCCAAACAUGCCAGAAAUGGCGUAUCUGCUAAGGCCAAAACUGAGACAGGACGAGGAAAUCUCUCUAGAUCUCAGGCUGCCGUGAGCCAUGGAUGAUAUGUAUGUGUGUAUAUAUAUAUUUAGGCAAACAACUGCAGAGUUUCUACUAUGUGAAUAUAUAUAUGUAAAUCUCGACUGCUUUGCUACACUACAAUAUGUAAAUGAAGAAUUCCUUCCCUUUGAUGGGAUUGGUCUCAUCUCUAUCAGAGUAUAAAUGUUAGAAGAAUUGAACUGAAGAACAAUCCAAAGGUUGAUGAAAAUGGCUUUAGGUGUCUGUUUUUUACAA